AUGGUUUGCUCAAAGUGCCAGAAAUUGACAAAUUCUACCAUUCUAGCCACACCUGGAAUAAAAAAAAAGAGCGAAAUAUAUUUUGGCUCAUCUGGCGGAACAAACGGGGACUGUAAAGCUAGGCCUUCAUCUAUUCAGGGACACAACGGGAUUGGCAAGGCAAGAAAACAUAGUAAACUGCUUUCUAAAGCUGCCAAGAACCCAUAUUUAUCAAGCUCAUGCAAAACCUGCAAGACCAGGAUUGAACAAGGACGAACUUUCUGCCAAAAGUGUGCAUAUAAAGCCAAUGCUUGUCUUGUAUGUGGAAAAUCGAAUUCUAAAUCCACGGCUUCUGCACCAAUCAUUGAAGGACAAAAGUUCAACUUAAAGUGA